AUGGCGUCCCGCAAGCUCGUCGCCCUCUUCUUCACCUUCGCCGUGGUGGCGGCGACGACGGUGCAGCCGUCCGAAGCGAGAAUCGGGGGAGACCAACUGCUCCACCCCUCGACGUUCCACAACACCCCGCCGCAGUCACCGAGUUCGUCCGGCGGCGCCGUCCCACCCCACCUUUCGUCCCCGCCGCCACCGUCGCCGCCGGCUCAGCCGACGGAGUGCCUGACGCCGCUGAUCGGCAUGAUGCCGUGCAUGAACUAUCUGACCAACCUCACCGUGCUAGCGCCUCCCGCCGAGUGCUGCGACGGCCUCAAGUCGAUCAUCCGCGACGCCCCCAUCUGCCUCUGCCACGGCAUGACCGGCGACAUGAACGACCUCAUGCCCGUACCCAUCGACCCCGUCCGCAUGAUCAUCCUCCCGCUCGCCUGCGGCGCCAUGCUGCCGCUCCAAACGCUCUUCUCCUGCAACA